CAGAGUGAGUCAACCUUUCCUGACAAUCAGUCGCCUUCGCAAUGACGAGCUAUUCGUUUCUCCGAGCUGCAUUCAGCGUUAUUUUCGCUGUCACGUACGUCUUUGCUAACGAUACGUUGUCUUUUCCUCAAGGUUUUUUGUUAGGCACAGCUACAUCUGCUUAUCAAAUAGAAGGAGGUUGGAAUAUAAAUGGCAAAGGCGAAAGCGUUUGGGAUCGAUGGACACACGACAAUCCAAAUCUCAUACUUGAUCAUAGUAACGGUGAUGUGGCUUGCGAUUCAUAUCACAAAUAUAAAGAGGAUGUACAGUUAUUGAAAGAUAUGGAGGUUGACUUUUAUCGAUUCUCUGUCAGUUGGACACGUAUCUUACCGACUGGUUAUCCUAACGUGAUCAAUCAAGAUGGAAUCAAUUAUUACAAAAAUCUUAUUAACGAGCUUUUAGCAAAUAAUAUCGAACCGUUUAUUACUUUGUAUCACUGGGAUCAUCCAGAAUAUUUAGACAAAAUGGGCGGAUGGACCAAUAGUUUAAUGGUCGAGUGGAUAUCCAAUUAUGCGAGAGUCGUUUUCAAAGAACUUGGCCCUAAAGUUAAAUAUUUCACGACGAUCAAUGAACCUGCUGAUGUUUGUCAAGGGGUAGCAACAGACAAAGUAGCACCAGGAAAGAAUUUAGGCAGCCCUGGCAAAUAUUUAUGUAUGCACAAUAUUCUGAAGGCGCAUGCCAAAAUUUAUCAUAUCUAUCAGACGGAGUUCCGAAAACAACAAAAGGGCCAAGUUGGCAUAGUUAUAUCUUGUCCAGGUGCAUUCCCUAAAACUCCUAACGAUACUGCGGCAGUAGACGCGAUUUUCCAAUUUGUAUGCGGAUGGGUAGCACAUCCCAUUUUUUCAAAAACUGGUGAUUAUCCAGAAAUCAUAAAAGCUCACAUAGCCGACAACAGCAAAUUGGACGGUUAUCCAGCCUCGCUCUUGCCGACAUUUUCACCAAAAUGGGUGCAAUAUAUUAAGGGUUCUGCGGACUUUUUCGGGUUAAAUCAUUAUACUUCAAAGCUUGUGGAAACAGUGCCACGAGUAGAAGGGGAACGGUGGUACGAUUAUUCCGGUGUGAAACAGACCAUAGAUCCAUCAUGGCCAAAAAGUGCUGCGGAUUGGCUCAGAGUUGUUCCCGAUGGAUUACGACAAGUUAUUAACUUAAUUUCCAAACAAUAUGAUCGUCCUCCUAUCUUCGUGAUGGAGAACGGCUUUGCCGAUGAAUGUUGCACUUCUGAUUCUUCAAGAAUCUCUUACUUACGUUCUUAUAUGAAGGCAAUGUUGUCAGCUAUUUACGAAGAUGGAUGUAAUGUAAAGUCGUAUACCGCUUGGAGUUUGUUAGAUAACUUUGAAUGGGCAGACGGUUACAAGGUAAGGUUUGGAUUGGUAAACGUCGACUUCACGAAUCCAAAUCGAACAAGAACUCCAAAAUUAUCGAUGAACUGGUACAAGACUGUUAUUAAGACUCGGAGAAUUGAUUCUAUUUUUGAAUCACCAGAUGUGGUGAAUAUUCCUUAAGUAUGCAAAAAAUAAAUAUGUAUGUAUGCACGUCAGGUGUUACAUAAAAGUAUUACUCAGACGUAAAAAGUAUUACUCAGAGUUGCAUUUCUAAGAAGUGUUUAAACUAAUUACUUACAAGUCGCAUUAUAUAUUCAUUUUCUCAUCUGAAUUUACUAUGAUUAAAAUUAUAAGAAAUUAUGCUCUCUAUACAAAUAUACGUAUAUUAAUAAUGCA